AUGAAAGUUACGAAUGAAACAAACCCGAGAAGAGAAAUUGAAGAUCAAGAAGAAUUGAAUGAAGAGGAGAAAGAGGAAGAUAAUGAAAACAUGAAUGCAAAUGAAGGUGGAUUGGUUUAUGAUGAUUAUUAUGAAGAAGGUGAAGACUUAACA